AUAUUUAUUUUGUUACCACAACAGAAUUUUUUGGACUUUUCCAAAUGAUCUAUUUUGUUAGAAUCGUACCGAAUGUUUUUUUGUAUCUCAGUUGAAUUUGAGAAUUGGUUGAGAACGGACAUAUUGGUUGUGAACACUUACUAAGUAUAAAUAAUAGUGAAAAAUAAAAUAUAAAAUUAAAUAUAUGAACAUAUUCUUACAUAAGUGAAUAGAAAUGCAACUCCUUUGAAUCAACAUAUUUUUGAGUGUUACAUUUUCAACAUUGAAGGCUGUGUAUAGUUUUUUGUUAUUAUCGUUUUAUUAAAGACACCAUAUUUACUUGUGAUAGAUAGAAGCAAGCAUAGAAGACAACACGUGUGAAUAAACAAUAUUUACACUACGUCACAUAUUUCCGCUAUAGUUAACAUAACAAUCAUAUAUUCGGCAUACAAUAUUCGUUCUUAAAAUUUAUACUGAUUGUGGAAAAUUUGUGUGUUCAAUAGAAGUCUCAAAAGCCAAAGGAACGAUGAAAAUCACGGAUAUGACUAGUGAAUGCAUUGGAAAAUGUUUAAACUAUUUGUCUUUCGACGAUCUUUUGAGAGCAGCUAUUUCGAAUAAAAAAUUAAAUAAUGCUGCUAACCUCAUUUACGAACAAAAAUAUCGUUCAAAACGAGUUGAAAUGCACAUAUUAUCAAGAUUGCAUUCAAACUAUUUUAUGACCGAAAAUCGCUUCUGUUUCUAUAGUUUGAGAACAAGCUUUCAAUUUCUUUUCUGUUUUGGACGUCAAGUAAAUGAAAUACACAUUUCAUACAUACCACGUUAUGUCAUUCCUGGCGAAAACGGAGUACAAAAUGAAAAUAAUGUUGAAUUGACUCACCGUGCAAUUGACUAUGCAAAUGAUUAUUGUGCUGAAUCCUUGCGUACCAUUAAAUUUACUAGAAUUCAAGAUGCAUCAAGAUACAUGAAGAGACCGUUUAUAAAUCUUGAAAACCUUGAAUUUUACGAUUGUAAUUUUACCGAUUUGGUUGAAUACAACUUGUUGAAUGCACUUUUUCCAAAAGUGCAGAAGCUUGUCUUGAAAACCAUAAAUAAGAACCUUGAUCAACCUUGUACGCUGAAAUUUAUUGAAGGCCGUUUUGCUCAUUUGAAGAGUUUACAUAUUGAAUCAAAUUCCUAUAGCAAAUUUCACCAUGCAGAUGAGUAUUGUAUAUUAAAAGGCAAUUUAGUAACAGCUUUCCGUUUGAAUCCACAAUUAAAGGAGCUCGAUCUUGAUCUUUUUGUUAACUGCCAUGUUUUUCAAUCGAAUGAUGUUCUACUUGUGAUCAAUUAUUUGCAAAACUUAGACAGUCUAAGUCUUGCCAUUGACGAUACAUUUUGUUCAUUGCUCGAUUCCAGUGUGCCACCAUUGAUGUAUUUUAGGAAUUUGAAAAAGUUUUCACUGAACAUGCAAUUAAGCACUGAAUCAAGGGCAAUUCAAUUUACCAGUCAUCAACUUGAUACAUUUGAACUUCACGGUGUUGACAGAUUCACAAAUUAUGAAUAUGAAUUCCUUGAAAAACAUCCAACAAUAACAAAAUUAAUAUUAAGAGGUGGACACUUCGAAAGACUUAAUCUAUCCAGAAUUGCAGCAGCGUUACCAAUACUUGAGCAGCUCAUGAUUUUUGAUCAUUUCAAGUUAAAAAUCGAAGAAAUCGUACCUCACUGGAGUAAGUUUCAAUCACUCAAAUUAUUGUGUUUUUUUCACACAAAGAUUGUUAAAGACAGUGAUUUGAAACCAUUGUUGAUCAAUGGAUGGCAUGGAAGAUUUUGUAACAGUCCAAAUAAGUUUCAAAUAAUAUUAAAACGUUAAAAAAAUCAAAUUGUUCUUGAUUGUUAUUGGAGUCUCCCUAGAUAACGCAAUAUGUAGAUCGAUCGCAUAGCAGAGGGAGGCAUAUAUUCUGAAAUUGCAACAUGGGCCCC